AUGGACUUAGUGAAAAUAUCCGGAAAAGAGGAUUCGAAAAUAAACACGUAUCUUUUCCGAGCAUGCGUUCCGUACGAGAAUUUCCACUUUCAGCUUUCAUUGGUUUAUUUUCUGCUUUCAACCACAAUUGUGAUACUGUGGGCAUUCGAUCGGAUGCCCGGCUAUGCAGGCGUUAAAGUGCUACGUAAGUGUGUGCUUGUUUUUUGUGGAUGUCAUGUGGCUGUAAUCUACUUAUAUCAAAUGCCAACAAUGCGAAGUUUUUGCAACCCUCAAUCAACGAUCGCAAGGAUAUUUGGACUGGUUUAUUUGAAAGUGUCCGAAUGUGAUCCAAAACCGCUUGUUCGCGUUACACCAUAUUGGCCAAUUCCACAGAUACUCUCACCGUUCAUAUUUGUGUUGCUUUAUCUAUUAAUCGCUAUUCAACUUCGCGUUCUCAAGGAUCCUAAAGAGUCGUCGGAUCGAGCGAUGCGAUCUCCACGAGAAAAAACCCUCCUUUUUGCGCCAACUCAAGUGCAUGCCCUAGAAACGGUACGUGAUAAGGUGAAACUGGUUUUUAUUUUGCAUUUUUCUUUGCUGUGA